AUGAGAAUCACAAUUACAUUGCUUGGACAAAAAAUUUUUGAGAAAAAAAAAUCUGUCGAAAAAAUAUUGGAAAAAGAAAAAAAUUCUUUAAAAGAAUUUUAUAAAUCAAAAUCUUUGAAAAAAUUAAAAAAUAAAGUGAAACAAAAAGAAAUUAUGCAAGUAGAAAUGAUCGAACAUAAAAUUGAGGUAAUUGAACAAAUGCUUGAAACUUUUAAUAUUGCUGCGGGUAAACUCGACAGUAAUUUACAAUUAAAUACUUAUGGAAUAGCUUCAAUAAAUAUUUUUGCAGAAUUUUAUUUUAUGCUAAAAUCUAUUAUUGAUGAUAAGUUUGAUUUCGAUACAAUGGAGGAAAUUGUAAAUAAAUAUGGUUAG